AUGGAGGCGAUAUUUGAAAAGUCGCAGCUGGAGAACCAGCAGACGCCAGCGGAGCCGGAUGAGGUGCACAAUCUGGCGGCACAGUCGGUGGAGCUAAUGUCGAUCAAGAACGCUGCUCAGUACGUUAACGAAAAGUUGUCUGCCAAGGGGUAUUUUUCAAACAAGCCAAACAAGCUGAGAAAGCUGUUACUUUUAAGUCUUGACAGCGACCAGCUAUUUAAGGAGAACAUGGAGAAUUUGGAGAUUAAUGACAAGAUUUACGAAAAUGAUAAGAAUACCAUGAAUAUCAUCUACUCUCUGUUGAACUCCACAGAGAUCUCUAAACAGUUUAAGGAAACUGCUCUUAAAAAAAUGGCAGAUAAAGAUUCGGAAAUUAGACAGCUCAGAGAAGAGGUCGCGCGGCUAAACGAUAAGCUGGAAGAAAAGGAGAAACAUGUGCAAUCUCUGAACUUGGAGAUCAUCAAGUUCGAUCUACAUUCAAACCACUACAAAACAAUGCUCAACAACGUUAACGCAAAAUAUAAGGAGCAGGAAAGAACUUUCAAGCUUUACACGGAGGAGGUGAAACGGGAGCUACGUCGCAACGAGAUCGAGGUUGAUCGGCUGGAGAACAGAUUAUCUAGUGUUUCGAAAAGGAAGUUCACAGAUUCACAUGAAGCAGACACAGAACCCAAGAGACAGAAAUUCGAUAACGACAGAUUUUUAUCAUUGCUUGAAGACAACUCGCACUUGAAACACGAACUGAACAAAGUGGUGGCCGUUUUGUUGAGACUACAGAAGUUUCUCAAAUCGUUUGGCCAGCUAAACGGUUCCAACAAGGUUCCUUCGACGUUUAUUCCCUCGGAUCAGGAACUUCUUGCCAUAGAUUACCACGACUUCGACUUGAAGAAAUACGAUGUGAUCCUCUUUGAUCUUCUCAAAGCGUUUAACGGAGAGGCUAUUGAGGACACCUUCAAAUUCAAGAAAAACGCCCAGAACGAUAAAGAGCAGGAGAUCGAAAACCUUCGCAAACGACUUACAGAAAUGGAACAGAACUACGAGCGCGUACUGGGUACAAUGGAACAAUGGAAAACUCGGAACCGACGAAAAGCUGUUGUCGACCCCUUGGUGCAAGGUACUGACCUCGUAACUGGUGAUUCCCUUGGAUAUUUGCAAGAACUGGACCAGGAGAAGCAGCGAAAGCCACGCAGACUGGAAAAGACUCCACAUGGUCAGGUUGAAGAUGAACGGCGAAGCAUAGUAUCCAGAACACAUGUCUUCUCCGAGGAAAAAACACGACUCCUCGAACUCGUCUGGAACGUCAAGUUUGUCAAAGUACCGUUUUGCCAGACUGUAAUACAGGAAGAUGGCGAUUUCCAAGCUAACACUGAACGCGAAAAACAGCUUGUGGUUUCUGACACCAACGUCGUUGUUGACCCACGAACAAAGUGUCUGGAGUCGAAUUUGCGAAGGUCAAUCAGCUCUCUAAUGGUUUGUUGGAUUUUGUCCCCGUUGGUCUCUGCUGGGAUGUAUCCUGGGUCAAUCAACAUUGCUUUGAAGAAGGACGCAAACACGCAGCCUGCUACCAAAAAGAAGAGCAGAUUCGAUAACGGUGCUUUUGAGAAGGUUUUAGGCAUAAUAGUGAAGAGCCAGGUGACGACACACCAGAACGCCGUAGCAGAGAAUACUCCGGCGAAGUAUGGAGACCGAUGCAAUGCUGUUGGGCUUCUGUCGAAGCUUGGAAGUAACAGGUACUGUAGAACAAAGGUUUGGACGAAAAAAAUCACCGCCAGUGAAAAAACGUUCACAACUAGGUAG